UUCAGCGCCGUAGCGCCUGGUAUUCGAACAUUGGCUCGAGGCAUUUUCUCUACCCCUUCUUACCCUGAAAAAGCAGGGACACCUUACGUUCUUGAACCGAAGUUGUUUAUUUCAAGAAUAGGCUGGACCACCCAGCUGUACCCUUUUCCGUUAUAACUAGGAAAGAGAGGUGCAUGAUCUCGCGAAUUACUUCUGUCAAUCUUUUGCUCUUUUUCCUUCUCUCUUCCAGUUCUCCCCCUCUACUUUAUUUGACAGGGGCGGAGAAUACCACUCUAUCAAUAACAAGAAAAAAGUAGCAAUUCUGUUUCAAAUGGUUUGAGCUUGGAAGCAACCUGCUAUCUAUCGAUAGGCGAGAACAGACUGCUAUUGACUGCUUCGCCUAUCUAUUCUAUUAUGGCCGGCUUGGAGACAUCAGAGGAACGAAAGCUCUAAGUAUAUCAUCAACAACUCAAAAGAUGGAUUCCGAACAGCAACAGUACGAUAAUGUACUAUCAGACGGCGACAGUGAGUACGACGAUUCCGAUGAUUCACAAGAGGACCCAACUUUUGACGUUCUUGAGGAGACAAGAUCCAGUCUUUCAAAACUCUCAAUCAAAAAACACAAAUCCAAGGAUAUGUCUGCUAGAUGUAAUGUUUCUAAGGCUAUGGAUGAAUGCAUUGUGGGAGAGCAGGACGUGGAAAAGAUGGUGCCGGAGCUUGAUGAAAAAGAUCAGAAAAGUUAUGAAACUGUUCAGAAAAUAAUUAAAGCUGGUCAGAUUAAAAAAUUUAAAGUGGAGCAAUGUAAGAUUUACCUUAGGAAGCAUGGGCUAAGAUUGACAGGGAGCAAAGAUGUACUAAUUCAGCGCAUUAAAGAGCAUACUGAUAUCGUUGAUGGUCGUGGCGAGAAGAAGUAUCCCCCAUCUAGUUUUGUAUUGAACUGCAAAGGGGAUGCAUGCACUGGGGAUGUUGUUAUGUUUGAACAAAAUGUAUAUGAAAUGUUCAGCAUCGCAUCCAGGAGUGCUACUGGUCCUCCCUGCGGUACAAGAAUAGUUGCAGGGCGGAUUGUGAAAGAGAGCUAUGGUGCUAAAAAGCAGCAACACACCUUUACGGUAGAGGUAUUGUGGAGUAAAGGGGAGAAACCGCUGCCUCCACUGCAUCCUCUCCUCAUUAAGGGCAGAAAUCUCUAUAGAUUGAAAACAUUGCGACAGAAAUGGGACGAUGAAGCAGAAAGGCAGGAAAUUUUAUCAGAAAAGCAUGCCAGAGGUUCUGUUGCUCGGUCUAACAGCGAAGCACGCGUCCAAGAGAAGGAAAUGCGAAAGAUGCGAAAGGAAAAUAGGGUAAACACAGAUUCACAUCCUACCUUAAACACAGAACACCAAAACAACAGAGUACACAGUAAAGUGCAUUCUCUCUCAACGAACUCGGUCAAAACGACAGAUCAGCAUCAGGUAGAGGUGGACAAAGGCCAAAAAGACGAAAAGGAAUACCAAAAUGUCAUACAGGAAAAUAUCUUCUCUAGAGAAAAUUGGCCAGAAGAAAGGCCUCAUCAGAGGCAGCCUUUGACUAAUGGCUUCGGAAAUGGCAUCAAAUCCAAUCCUUCAAAGAGUCCAUUAAGAAUGCCUUACUCCAAUACGCAUAUGCCACCAAUGUGGAGGAGCUCUAACAAUGGAGGUUACGCGAACAACAAUAAUAGUCCAUUAAGAAUGCACAACUCUAAUGCGCAUGUUCCAAUGUGGAGGGGCUAUCGAGAUGGGGGUUAUAACAACUGCAAUACUAGUAGAAGUCCAUUGCGAGGACAUGGUCAUACCUAUACCAAUAGUCAUUCACAAAAUAUGAACUAUAGAUCUCCACAGAGAACGGAGUACUGGCAAGCAAGGAAUGGUUGGUGUAACGCUGGAGCUGUGGAGCGUCCAUUUCAAGGACAGCGCGAGGAACAAAAGAGGCCUUGCCGCUUUUAUGCUCAAAGAAGAUGCUACUAUGGUCAUAGUUGCAGGUACUUGCAUGAUUCUGUAGAUAUGUAAACAUUCAAGUGAAAGAGCAGCGAGUAAGCUUCUUCACAGAUCCACUAUUUUGGAUUCCUUUUUUUUGGGUGACAAGUCUUAUGUCUCAGGAAUAGCGCCAUUCAUUGUUCGCAAAAAGCUUGAAGAACAAACUGUUCUGAUUUUGUUCAACUUUUUCUUCUAUUUAAUGCGCCAUGUGCAAAACGAA